AUGCCUCAAUCUCUAGCGCACAAGACGGCAAUCAUCUCCGGCUCAUCUGCUGGAAUUGGUGCCGCAAUUGCGAUUGAAUUAUCUGCCCGUGGAGCAAACAUCGUCUUGAAUUAUCCAUUCCCAUCUUUAGAGGAAGAAUGCCAGGCAGUCGGCCAGCAGUUGCAGACAAAAUGGAUCGCAGUCUGCGCGGACCUCUCCACCGUCGAUGGACCCUCCCAACUCGUCGCUGCGGCGGUAAAAGAAUUCGGCACAAUCAACAUUCUCGUCAACAACGCAGGACGUGUUCCCGGCGGUGCUACCUGGGAGGCCACCUCUGAGCAAUGGGACGACACUUUCAACUUGAACGCUCGCGGAAUGUUUCUGUUGACAAAAGCCGUUCUUCCCCACCUGCCGUCCUAUAAGCCCUCCUCACCACCUCUCAUGUCUGGUGUCGCAGAGGUCUCACGGAUCAUAUGCAUUGGUUCCGGGACCAGUCGGUUGCCCCAGCCUGAUGCUAUUAUAUAUUCGGCAACCAAGGGUGCUAUUGAUACGAUGGUCAAAGUAUGGGCUAAGGAGCUCCCCCCUGUGUAUGGCUGCACAGUAAACGGCGUGGCCCCGGGUCCAGUAGACACGACAACAUUUCGGGUCGGCUGUGGAGAUCAAUUUCAGGAGAUCCUCGAUACAUUUGCCAAAGAUACCCCAGUUGAGGGAGGGCUCGCGGAUGUUGGUGAUAUUGCUUGGACUGUCGCAUUCCUGGCGGACAGAAGAUCCAAGUGGAUCAAUGGAGAAUACAUCAUGGUCAAUGGCGGGUUGUGUAUGGUAUGA